AUGAGAGUCGUAGAUACUUCAUAUGAACUUGAAAGAUUAUAUAAAUAUAUAUAUAAAUUAUCAAAACACAGUCUAUAUAUAUAUAUAAAUAUUAUAAAUAUCAAUAGAGAAACAAAAGAUAGAGGAGAGAUGUUUAAAAGAAAAUCAAUGAGACUAUCACCUCAAGGGAAUUACAUAUCAUUGCCUAGAGGUGGAUAUGUCGUCAAGUCGGAUAGACUGGGGAACAUACAGUUUGGAGUGCCACCCGAGACAAUCAAAGAUUCGAUGGAACUCAAGAUUGACGUACCUACCAUAUACGUGUUUCCAGAGGAUCUGUGGGAUCGUCGAACAGGUAUCAAUGCCGCCGAGGCAGAGUUCCCAGCCUACUUUAACUUUUUCAUACUCAAGAGAAAGGUGGCAUUUGUGUGCACCAAAGAACAAGAACGUCGUAUCAGAGUUGUCUUUCAAGAGACUCUUUUAGGACCAUCAGAAUUUAAUCAAGGUUUAACUCCACCUAUUUCACUAGAUAAUUCAAAUAAUACAUCAACUUCAACGACAAAUAAUAGUAAUAAUAGUAGUCAUAGUGGACAUAAUAGAACUCAUUCAAGAACAGGAUCAACAACAACACAUAGUGGAGGAUCACCAUUACGUGGAUGUACGGCAGCACAUUUAUCGACCAAUGAAUUGGUUAGUAAGAAUCCAUCAGACUUUCUUCAAGAGUUUGCACCUAGCUAUCCCAUCGAAGAAAUACCCAAUCUAGAACUAGAAUGUAAAUAUUUAAGAACUUUCAACAGUGUAGACGAACUGUUUGACUUUGUAUUAUUCGAUGACAAUGGUGUAGCACAUCUACCCAAAGGUGUAGAAAUCCACUACCUUGAACAAGAGUCGGCAUUCAAGGUGAUCCAUCGUGCCACCGCCGAAGAACCACUCGAGGAGGAUCAAGUCGUCUCAUUCCUCCCAUCCAAGAUCAUGUUUCCAGACAUUGUAAAUCGAAUCUCUACCGAUCUAUUUGAUCCCCCAACAUUUGGUAUCACAAUCAUUGGAUCAAGUCAUGGUUUUGAUCCAAAAAAAUCAACUACCGGUUUUGUUUUAUGGGUAAACAAAAGAGGAAUAAUGAUUGAUCCACCAUUAAAUAGUAGUAAUUUUUUAUUAAGUCAAGGUGUACCAACUAGAAGAGUGGAUCAUAUUAUAUUAACGCAUUGUCAUGCUGAUCAUGACUCUGGUACAUUCCAAAAGUUGUUGGAAGAGUAUCAGAUCACUGUUGUAACAACACCAACCAUUUUGAACUCAUUUUUAAGAAAAUACAGCGCAUUGUCCAACCUCAGUGCCGAUGUAUUGCGUCGACUAUUUAUCUUUCGUCCAGUCAUGAUUGGUGAACCCAUGACCAUUGCUGGUGCAGAGUUUAAUUUCUUUUAUACUAUUCAUACAAUCCCUACUAUUUCAUUUGAAGUAUUUUAUGGUGGAAAGAGCGUAUAUUAUUCAGGUGAUACAUGUUUUGAUCCAAGUAGAAUUAAAGAAAUGCAUUCAAAAAAUAUAAUGAAUACGGCAAGAAUGAAUUUCUUUUUAAAACCUUGGAAUCAUACGAUUGUGUUGCACGAGGCUGGUGUACCACCCAUUCACACGCCAGUCACUUCGAUUCUGCAUAGAGAGCAACUCGAACAGGGACAACACCUCUGGAAACAAGGCGAUAUCGCCACCUUUGGCUGCUUGGUCGCCGAAGGUGCCCUCGAAAUCCUCGGACACGAUUCACUCGAACCUUUUGAAAAGGGUUCUUUUUUAGGAGACACUUCUGCAAUGUCUUCCAUACCUCCUCUUGAACAUAAAACUACUGUCAUUGCAAAAGAAAAUAGUGUAAUAUAUAAAGUAUUAGCAAAUGAUUUAUUUAGAUUUUUUGAACAUAAUCCAGGAUUGUAUUUGGCAUUUUUAGAUACCAUGUUUAUCGAUGCCAUCCGAGAUGAACAAGUUUAUGAAUCUAUAAAUAAUUUUACUUAUUAA